AUGUUACAACAGUUUUAUCUCUGGAAAUGGUUAGCCCCUGGGAUUAUCCUUGGCUCUCUCUCUGCAAUCUGCUUUGGACAAUAUGAUGAUGACUGGCAAUAUGAGGACUGCAAACUAGCUAGGGGAGGACCACCAGCUACCAUAGUCGCUAUUGAUGAAGAGAGUCGGAAUGGUACAAUUUUGGUGGAUAACAUGCUGAUCAAAGGGACUGCUGGAGGACCAGACCCCACCAUAGAACUUUCUUUAAAGGACAACGUGGAUUACUGGGUGCUGUUGGAUCCUGUUAAGCAAAUGCUUUUCCUGAACAGUACAGGCAGAGUUCUGGACAGAGAUCCACCUAUGAACAUACACUCCAUCGUGGUGCAAGUCCAAUGCAUCAACAAAAAAGUGGGCACUGUUAUCUACCAUGAAGUUCGAAUUGUGGUGAGAGAUAGGAAUGACAACUCACCUACAUUCAAGCAUGAGAGCUACUAUGCCACAGUGAAUGAGCUCACUCCAGUUGGCACCACAAUAUUUACAGGAUUUUCAGGAGACAAUGGAGCUACAGACAUAGAUGAUGGCCCAAAUGGACAGAUAGAAUAUGUUAUUCAAUAUAAUCCAGAUGAUCCGACAUCCAACAACACCUUUGAAAUUCCCCUCAUGUUGACUGGAAACGUAGUGUUAAGGAAAAGGCUCAACUAUGAAGACAAGACUCGCUACUUUGUCAUUAUCCAAGCUAAUGACCGUGCACAAAAUCUGAAUGAACGACGAACCACAACUACCACACUUACAGUAGAUGUUCUGGAUGGAGAUGACUUGGGUCCAAUGUUUCUUCCUUGUGUCCUCGUGCCAAACACUCGUGAUUGUCGCCCACUCACCUAUCAAGCUGCCAUACCUGAGCUGAGAACUCCGGAAGAACUGAACCCCAUCAUUGUUACCCCACCAAUUCAAGCCAUUGAUCAGGACCGGAAUAUUCAGCCACCAUCAGAUAGACCGGGCAUCCUCUAUUCCAUCCUUGUUGGGACUCCUGAGGAUUACCCGCGAUUUUUCCAUAUGCAUCCUAGGACUGCAGAACUUAGUCUCCUGGAGCCAGUAAAUAGAGAUUUUCACCAGAAAUUUGAUUUGGUCAUUAAGGCUGAACAGGACAACGGACAUCCUCUUCCAGCCUUUGCCAGCCUACAUAUUGAAAUACUGGAUGAAAACAAUCAGAGCCCAUAUUUCACAAUGCCCAGUUAUCAAGGCUAUAUCCUGGAGUCUGCCCCAGUGGGAGCAACUAUUUCUGACAGUCUAAAUUUGACCACUCCUCUGAGAAUUGUGGCUCUGGACAAGGAUAUAGAAGAUGUUCCACCUGGUGGAGUUCCUACUAAAGACCCAGAGCUUCACCUUUUUCUGAAUGACUACUCCUCAGUCUUCACCGUCACGCAGACCGGUAUUACUCGCUUCCUCACCUUACUUCAACCAGUGGACAGGGAAGAACAGCAAACUUACACCUUUUCGAUUACGGCCUUUGAUGGUGUACAAGAAAGUGAGCCAGUUAUCGUCAAUAUCAGGGUGAUGGAUGCAAAUGAUAACACUCCGACCUUCCCUGAAAUAUCGUAUGAUGUCUAUGUUUAUACAGACAUGAGCCCUGGGGACAGUGUCAUACAGCUCACUGCAGUCGACGCAGACGAAGGGUCAAAUGGGGAGAUCACAUAUGAAAUCCUGGUUGGGGCUAAGGGAGACUUCAUCAUCAAUAAAACAACAGGCCUUAUCACCAUCGCUCCAGGGGUGGAACUGAUAGUCGGGCGGACAUAUGCACUCACAGUCCAAGCAGCGGAUAAUGCUCCUCCUGCAGAGAGAAGGCACUCCAUCUGCACUGUGUAUAUUGAAGUGCUUCCUCCAAAUAAUCAAAGCCCUCCCCGCUUCCCACAGCUGAUGUAUAGCCUUGAAAUCAGUGAAGCGAUGAGGAUUGGUGCUGUUUUAUUAAAUCUACAGGCAACUGAUCGAGAGGGAGACUCAAUAACAUAUGCCAUUGAAAAUGGAGAUCCUCAGCGAGUUUUUAAUCUUUCAGAAACUACUGGGAUUCUAACCUUAGGGAAAGCACUGGACAGGGAAAGCACCGAUCGCUACAUUCUGAUCAUCACUGCAUCUGAUGGCAGACCAGAUGGGACCUCAACUGCCACAGUAAAUGUGGUGGUGACAGAUGUCAAUGACAAUGCUCCAGUAUUUGAUCCCUAUCUUCCUAGAAAUUUAUCUGUGGUGGAAGAAGAAGCCAAUGCCUUCGUGGGUCAAGUAAGGGCAACUGACCCUGAUGCUGGAAUAAAUGGCCAAGUGCACUACAGUUUGGGUAAUUUUAAUAAUCUUUUUCGCAUCACAUCCAAUGGGAGCAUUUACACAGCCGUGAAGCUUAACAGAGAAGUCAGGGACUACUAUGAACUUGUUGUUGUGGCAACCGAUGGAGCAGUACACCCUCGUCAUUCAACUAUAACACUGGCCAUCAAGGUUUUGGAUAUUGAUGAUAACAGUCCUGUGUUCACCAACUCAACAUAUACUGUUGUCGUUGAAGAGAAUCUGCCAGCUGGGACCACCUUCCUUCAAAUAGAGGCCAAAGAUGUUGACCUUGGAGCAAAUGUGUCUUAUCGGAUAAGAAGCCCAGAAGUGAAGCACUUUUUUGCACUACAUCCAUUUACUGGAGAACUCUCGCUUUUAAGGAGUUUAGACUAUGAGUCAUUUCCAGAUCAGGAAGCAAGUAUCACUUUUCUUGUGGAGGCCUUUGAUAUUUAUGGGACAAUGCCACCUGGUAUUGCUACUGUUACAGUGAUAGUAAAGGAUAUGAAUGAUUAUCCUCCAGUGUUUAGUAAACGCAUCUACAAAGGGAUGGUGGCUCCAGAUGCUGUCAAAGGUACACCUAUCACAACCGUUUAUGCUGAAGAUUCAGACCCUCCUGGAUUACCUGCAAGUCGUGUGAGGUAUAGAGUAGAUGAUGUCCAGUUUCCUUAUCCUGCUAGUAUUUUUGAUGUAGAAGAAGAUUCUGGAAAAGUAAUAACUCGAGUCAAUCUUAAUGAAGAACCUACAACAAUUUUUAAGUUGGUGGUUGUUGCUUUUGAUGACGGUGAGCCUGUGAUGUCCAGCAGUGCCACAGUGAAAAUUCUUGUCUUACAUCCUGGAGAAAUCCCACGCUUCACACAAGAAGAAUACAGGCCUCCUCCAGUAAGUGAACUUGCAACCAGAGAGACUACAGUUGGUGUAAUUUCUGCUGCAGCCAUCAAUCAGAGUAUUGUGUAUUCCAUUGUUUCAGGAAAUGAAGAGGAUAAGUUUGGAAUUAAUAACAUCACGGGUGUUAUCUAUGUGAAUGCCCCUUUGGACUAUGAAACAAGGACAAGUUAUGUGCUUCGAGUCCAAGCUGACUCCCUGGAAGUGGUCCUCGCCAAUCUCCGAGUUCCUUCGAAAAGUAAUACAGCAAAAGUAUAUAUUGAGAUUCAGGAUGAAAAUGAUCAUCCUCCAGUGUUUCAGAAAAAAUUCUACAUUGGAGGUGUAUCUGAAGAUGCAAGAAUGUUUGCUUCUGUGCUAAGAGUUAAGGCUACUGAUAAAGAUACUGGCAAUUAUAGUGUCAUGGCAUACAGACUCAUAAUACCACCAAUUAAAGAGGGAAAAGAAGGAUUUGUGGUGGAAACAUAUACAGGGCUUAUCAAAACUGCUAUGCUCUUCCAUAAUAUGAGGAGGUCCUACUUCAAGUUUCAAGUCAUUGCAACUGACGACUAUGGGAAGGGACUAAGUGGCAAAGCUGAUGUACUU